GGCUUAAAGCCGCCCUGAAGUGUUACUAUUUUAGUUGGUUCCAGUUAGAGCCUGUACGUUUCUGGAAGGUUCUUAUCUUCAGUCUCUUAUCGUGGAACAGUUCUAUUCCUGGUUCCUUCCAUCUUUGGUCAGCUGUUCUCUCUCUCCGCCGUCAUUUCUUCCCUCUGGCAGCUAUAAAUCAGGAACAUUCUCCGUUGCUGCCGUUCUGCAGCAUCAUGGCUCCGAAGAAGGUGGAACCCAAGAAGACAGAGGUGAAGAAGGUUGAAGCGAAGAAGGAAGAACCUCCUCCUCCCAAACCCGCAGAACCGGAGUCCAAACCCCCGGAGGUGGACCUGAAGAGCGUGGUCAUCGAGUUCUCUGCCGACCAGUUGGAGGAGUUCAGAGACGCCUUCACGCUGUUCGACGAGACACCAGCCGGCGAGAUGAAGAUCACUUUCGCUCAGUGUGGAGACGUGAUGCGAGCGCUGGGCCACAACCCUACCAACGAUGAGGUCCUGAAGCUGCUGGGACGGCCCAAACCCGAGGAGAUGCACGUCAAGCUGCUGGACUUCGACUCCUUCCUGCCCAUGCUGCAGCACGUGGCCCGGUCCAAGGAGCAGGGAACCUUCGAGGACUUUGUGGAGGGUCUGAGGGUGUUCGACAAGGAGGGCAACGGCACGGUGAUGGGAGCGGAGCUCCGGCACGUCCUCGCCACGCUGGGAGAGAAGAUGACGGAGGACGAGGUGGACCGUCUCAUGGUGGGACAGGAGGACGCCAACGGACACAUCAACUACACCGAGUUCGUCAAACACAUCCUGGCCGGAUAGCAAUCAUCAGAGUAAGGAACGUCUCCACGGUUCUGAAGGAAACAUCUCCAUCCAGUCUGUCCAGACCUUCAGCAGAUAAAUCACCGGUCCAUCCUCAGAGCUUCAGGAGAACGCACCAGACUGUUCUCUGGUUCUUGAAGACUGAAAGUGGAACGUGUUGCUCUUCCUGAAGCUCUGAGGAUCGUUUCUGAUGCUGCUGCUGUUGAAGGACAAGAAGUUUAGUUUCUCAGUGUAGCAGGAGAAUAGUUCUAACCGUGUUCUCAUGUGAAAACAUCAUGUUUUAUCAAUAA